AUGUCUAAGCAUAAGUCUAAGACCAAAAGUAAGUCCAGGUCAAAACUGACCAAAAGAGCACAAAAUGCUUUAGAAAUUGCGGAAAAGGAAAUAGCAGGCUAUGAUUCACAAAAUGAUGACAAUAUGUCUCGUAGACCAGUUGUAAACUUGCUCAGGAGAGUAGAAAACGGUGAGAGUGGUGAAAGUGGGGAUGAUUUCAAGGAUGAAGAGUUGGAUUCCGAUGAGGCUCUGGGAUCGGAUGAAGACUACGAUGUCAUGAGUUCUCGUUUCUCACAGACCAUCCGUGAUGCAAAGAAAAAUGCGAAAGGGAAAGAGUCUGUUUCGGAAUCUGGCGAUGAAGGAGGCUAUACCUCCAUUGAUGAGGAAGAUUUAAUACCCCUAUCGGAAGUUUGGGAUAUGGACGAUAACGCCAGUGGAAAAAAGGAUAAAUCUGUAGAUUUACAGUUGGCAAAUAGUGACGAGGAAGUGUCAAGGGACUCCAUGAGUAGUGAAAGUGAAGAUGAGGAUGAGGAUGAGGAUGAGGAUGAGGAGGAUCCGUUCGAUGAAAUCUUGAAAGACGAUGAAGAUAUCAGUUUGAAGACAAUCACAGCUGAUUUACAGAAAUAUGAUGCUAGAAAACAUGUCAAGAAACUGGAGAAUUACGGGAGCGGUAAAGAUAGCGAAUAUAGUUUACCUUCUUUAAAAUCAAAAGAAACUGGCAGGAAAUUGAAUUUAGCUGAUAUGAUGAGUGUUGUUGAUGAUAAACGGGCCGCAGCUAAUGCAACCUUAAUCAAAGAUAACAACGAAGCUUUAUCGGUUCCUUUGCCUCAAAGAAUUCAAGAGAGGCAUAAUCGUAAAGCAGCUUAUGAAAUUUCCAAGCAGGAAGUAAACAAAUGGAAAGAUGUUGUAAUACAAAAUAGGCGAGCAGAACAUUUAUCUUUUCCUAUAAAUCCGACUAUAGAGCAUAACCAAGCUUCGGCGUACACUAAGUCAAAUAAAGGAACUCAGUCAGAACUGCAGGAAAAGGUUGAAAGUGUACUAAAGCAAAGUAAUUUGGUUGAGGAUCAGCGAAACUCUGAAUUUGAAGAAUUGGCUACGGCCAAGAUGAGUCCAGAAAUGCUCAAGAAACGAACCGCAGAAGUUAGACUAAUGAGAGAACUAAUGUUUAGAGAAGAAAGAAAAUCUAAGAGACUUAAGAAAAUCAAAUCAAAGGCAUAUCAUCGUAUUAAGAAGAAAGAGUUGCUAAAAAAUAAGGAAUUAGCAGGAGUCUCAGAUGAUGAUGAUGACGACUACGAUGCGGCAAGAGCAAAAGAAAGAAUGACUUUGAAGCAUAAAACCAAUUCAAGGUGGGCAAAAGACAUGAUCAAAAAUGGGAUGUCGAACGAUGCCGAAACUCGAGAGGACAUAGAAGAGAUGCUAAGACAGGGUGAAAGGCUGAAAGAGAAGAUGUUAGAUGGCGGUCCGAGAGACGAAGAAGAUGGCUCCAUAAGUGAUAUUGAAAGAUCAUAUGAAGAAGAAGCACCGAUUGCAACUGAGAAAGUAGGAAAGUCUGGCAUCAUGAAUAUGGAGUUCAUGAAAAAGGCAGAGGCAAGAGAACGGGAGGAAAACAAGAAAGCUAUUGAAAGGCUUAGAGCUUUUGAAAAUGGUCAAAGUGAAUUUGCUUUUUCUGGCGAUGAAGCUAGCGCCAGUGAUAAUACAGAACAGACAGUUCUCAAUCAAGGAAGAAGAAUAUUCACACCAGCAGCAUCAUCAAAGGAAGCCGUGCUUGAGCAAAAAUUCAAAAAAGAUGAAAAAGCAAUUGUCUCCGGUUUACCUACAGAAUCAGCUUCAAAGGACACUGCUGUCAAAGGGACCAAAUAUCAGCAAAACAGUAGAAAGGAUUCUAUCGGAGAAGAUGUGAAUUUUAAUCCUUGGUUGGAUGCCAGUGAUGAUAAAAACGAAGAGCAUGUUUCAAGAUCUUCUAAGGUAUCAAUCAUAGAUAAAGAUAGCUCCCGGAUGACCAAACAAGCAAAUAAAAUCUCAAAGAUCAGUGAUAAGCGAAACAGGAAUUCUAAGAAAUCUGACUCCAAUGACGACGAUCUUCUUUUAGAUUUGGAAGAAACAAAUCGUCUCAACCUCGCUGACCCUUAUGGGGGCUCGGAGGAUGGAGAAAGGAGUUUUAUGUUUAAGCAGCAGGAGUCCAUUGCAGAAGCAUUUGCGGGAGAUGAUGUUGUCGCAGAUUUUGAAGAAGAAAAGAGGCAAAUUGAGAUCGACGAGGACGACAAAGAGGAAGAUAUUACACUUCCUGGCUGGGGUGACUGGGCAGGUGCAGGUGCAAAUCCCAGAAAAAAGAGAAAGUUUACAAAAACCGUCAAAGGCAUUACUAAAAAGGAAAAAAGGAAAGACAAAAAGCUGGAUAAUGUUAUCAUAAAUGAAAGAGUAAACAAGAAAAAUCUAAAAUACCAAUCUUCAGCCGUUCCAUUCCCCUAUGAAAACAAAGAGCAGUACGAAAGAUCAUUAAGGAUGCCGCUGGGACCAGAAUGGACAUCGCGAGCUUCGCAUCAAAAAUUGAUAAAGCCAAGAAAUUUGAUAAAGCCUUCCCAAAUUAUAGAUCCUUUGAAAGCUCCUUUCAAAUAG